CGGAAAACUUAAUGUUGUUGAAUAACUCCACUAGAUGGAGUGAGACUUGCUCGUAAAAGUAGUGAACUUUGGCACUUUGAGUCCGGAUUCCACCUGGAAUGUGGGUCAAUGUGGGAUCUCCAAGGUGCGGUCAUAUGACUCCCAGAUGGCUGAAUGAAAGUCCACGGAGCUGGAAAUGGUUUCCUAAUAUUUAAUCCGACGAGGUUUUGGUGAUCUGGAACGAUUGGGAAUCACUGUCGGCUGGUUUCAGCUCUGGGGAAAUGCGUUCUGGGAAGAGACGCUUUGUUUAUUGCGCAUUCGGCUACAACGGAACGAUGUGAUACUCGGUUGUCUGUUGUUACUCUGUGGAUGUGGCUCAACUUUUCUUCACCUGAGCGCGGCGUGGUCGCUAAAACGCACAUGGCAGAUCUAAACAACAGGAAUCCACAGCGGGCAGCGGGAGAAGAGACGAGCUCCGGCCGCUCUCAGAGGAGAGUAGCGGCGGUCAGCAGUCCGGCUCAGUGCGCCGCGCGUCUCACUUUACCUGGAGUCAUGGACGCAGAGGGGAGGGUCGACGAGUCAAGGCUGAGGAUGCACAUCUUCAAAAACGGAGGCGUUCCUCCGUCUGAGCGUGGCCUGGCGUGGCGUUUUCUCUUCGGGAUGUACCCGUGCAGCUCGACACCUUUGGAGCGCUCUCUGCUGCAGGAGCAGUUGGUCGUACGUUACCGAGUCAUGAAGAGAAAGUGGCAGCAGUUUCUACCUUUAGCCGUACGGAUGCACCUCAACGGCACCGACGCUGAGUUAGUGGCAGCUGUCCGGUACUUUGACAUAAGGCAGACUCAGGUCCUGCAGCAGACCUGCUACCAUUGUGAGGAGGUCUGGGACAGGCAGGCCUUCCUGAAGCUUCAAGCACAGAUUUUAUUUGAGCGAGUCACAUUUGACAAUGAGGAACUGCAGGAAGCGAUACGAAUCAUUGACAAGGAUGUGCCCCGAACCAACAGGGACCUGAGCUACUACCAGGACGAAGGUUUAGGCAAUCUGUUGGUGCUGAGAGACAUCCUCAUCACUUAUGCUGCUUUUCAUCCAGAGGUCACUUACGCUCAGGGAAUGAACGACCUGUGCAGCCGCUUCCUGGAAGUUCUCGACUCUGAGGUCGACACUUUCUGGAGUUUUUCUUGCUACAUGGAGAAAUUCUCCAGAGACUUCAGGGCUGAUGGUCUGCACAGGAAAAUAGAGCUGGAGGCAGCCUUGUUGAAGGAACUGGACCCUCUGCUUUAUACUCACUUGGUCAAAGACAGCAUGGAGAGCCUCGCAUUCUGCCACAGGUGGCUCCUGCUGGGUUUCCAGAGGGAGUUUGAACACAGCGAUGCACUGCGUUUGUUUGAGAUCCUGAGCUGCGACCACCUGGAGCUCAUCUCCCAACAGGUCGACCGAGCGCGUUACCAAGAAAGACUGACCCGAAAAUACAGCACAGAAGAAAAUUCAGAGUCAGAGCUGAAGGCCGUCAACACUGACUUCACCUUUGAGCUCUUCAUCUGUGCAGCCAUCCUGCUAGAGAACAGAGAGGCGCUGCUGCAGUGUCGAGAUGACGUCCAGCUCAUCCAGUUUGCCAGCAGCCUGCAGGGAACGCUGGACCUGAACAACACGCUGAGGAACGCCGAGUAUCAUUUCUACAACUACUGCAAGCGCUGUGCUUGGGACUAUAUGAAUGGACGCUGCAGAGAAUACAGGAGCAAGAAUGAGGACUUUUUCUAUCAGCUCCGCAGCUUAUUUGUUUUAAAGUGACUGCUAUUUAAAUACCCGAUCCCACGGACUGAAACUGUAAUUUGAUAGCUAAGGACAUAUAAUCCCUGUGUGCAGUUUUGAACGCACUGUCUUACUUUUUAUUUCUUAGGGAAACAUACUGAUGGCUGCUUAUUUGAAAUGUGAUCUGUUUUAUGCUGUUGUACAGUAUUUAUUAUAUGAAAGGUGACCAACUCUGUCAUUUUUUUUGCUCUCCUGAUCUGCCGUGAACAUUGAAAGCUGAAGCUUAAUAUUCUGUUACCUCAGAGUAAGAGCUUUAACUGAUGUUUUUUGCAGGUUAUGCAAUAUUCAGCUGCUAGCAGUGUGUAAAUACUACGAUGUGGAGUGUCGCAACAGGUGCUGCCUGUAAGGAACUGCAGUUAUAUUUAAUGCCAGAUGGCACAUGCGUCAGAGAGGCCUAUGUAACAGGAAUAGAUGAGCUCUGGCAGAGGGACCAUGCACUACUGGGUCUUAAAUAGAGAAUGAAACACAUGCACAAUAUAAGAAAACAUUCAAAUAAAACCACUGGAAGACGA